UGGCAUACAUACAUACAUGUGUUGGGGAAGGAGCCUUAUAUAUAUUAUGGCUGUGGGUUCGUGUGAAGACCAAGUGAACACAGUAUAAUAUGUUUAUUUAGAGAAAAAUAAAUAACGGCAGAAUCAACAACUACAAUAACAGUGAGGAGAGUUGUAGACAAAUUUGCAGAGUUUUACAGAGAGAGAACGAGAGAGCUCUGUCUCUGUCUGCAGCUCAGGCGUGCUCUCUCUUUCUCAGCUUGCUUUUUUAGUCCAUUACCAUUAGUAUCAAGGUUGCAGAGAAUUUGAAGAAGAAGAAGUACAACAGAGAAGAAAGGAAGGAAAACAAAGAUGGGAGGAGGAAGAGGAGCUUCUUCAAGGCUGAGAAAAGCAGCUAGGAAUAUAGCAGUUGCAGCUGCUAGUGCUUGUGGUUCAUUCUCUAGAAGGAAAGCUCUUGUAGAUCCCAUUGUUUUUGACAGUACCACCACUGAAUCUAUCUCAGGUUCUUCUGUUGUGUCUCCUUCAAAAUCAAAGAACAUAUCUGAAGUAGAAGAUGAAUAUGUUACAGAGGAAUUUGCGUCUUCAAAUAUCAGCCCAAAUUUGCCCACUGCUAAGAACUUAUGCGCAAUAUGUCUAGAACCUUUAAGCUACAACAGCAAGGGAAGCAACAGCCCAAGCCAAGCAAUAUUUACAGCACAAUGCUCCCACGCCUUCCACUUCGCCUGUAUCUCUUCCAACGUCCGCCAUGGCAGCGUCACCUGCCCCAUAUGCCGCGCCCAUUGGACACAGCUCCCUCGCAACCUCAACCCUCCCUGCGCCUCUCUUAACCAAAACGACCCCAUUCUUCGAAUCCUUGACGACUCCAUUGCCACUUUCCGCAUCCACCGCCGCUCCUUCAUCCGCUCUGCUCGCUAUGAUGAUGAUGACCCAAUUGAGCCCGAGGAAAUGUCUAACUGCCCACGUCUUCACCUCUCUCUAAUCCCAAUCCCAACGACAGCACCAGCCAACUACCAACCACCCUUGGCAAUACCUCCCGGCCGCCAUUUACACUCCUCAACUUGCUCCUCUUCCUCCUCAUUUCUACAAACAAACAGAGCCUAUCUGUCUGUGAAACUAGCAAACCAACGACCCACAGACUUGGUCUUGGUGGCCAGUCCCAACGGACCACACCUCAGACUCCUCAAGCAAUGCAUGGCCUUAGUGGUCUUCUCUCUUAGACCAACCGAUCGUUUGGCCAUCGUUACAUACUCAUCUGCUGCAGCUCGAGUCUUUCCCCUGAGACGCAUGACAUCUUGUGGUAGAAGAGCAGCUUUACAAGUUAUCGAUCGCCUUUUCUACAUGGGCCAAGCUGAUCCAGUUGAAGGACUCAAGAAAGGGAUCAAGAUUCUUCAAGAUCGAGCCCACAAGAACCCGGAGUCAGGAAUCCUACACCUGUCUGAUAGCCCGACACAAUCUUACCAUGCUUCGAUGAUGAACAUGGAAGUUCCAAUCCCUGUUCAUCGUUUUCACGUGGGAUUCGGGUUUGGUACAACGAAUGGGUUCAUCAUGAAUGAGUUCGAAGAGUUUUUGGCCGGACUACUCGGCGGAGUGAUAAGAGAGAUUCAGUUGAGAGUGAGAACAGGGGAUGAGUCAACUGGGAUGGUUGUACGAAUUGGGGAGCUAAGAGGAGUUGAAGAGAGGAGAGUUUUGUUAGAUUUAGGUGAGAGUGGACAUGCGUGUGUGGAGUAUAGCUAUAGUGAGGAUGUGGGCGAAGUGGAUGAGCGGUUCAUAACAGGGGAAACGUUGGUGAGUGUUAGAGAUAGUAAGACUGAUACAGAGGAACCUGGCGUGGCGGAGGAGGCAGAGGAGGCGGCUGGCGGUGGUGGCGGAGGGAGGAGGGAUGUGAAUGGUGGUGGGAGGCCGAGUAGUGUAGAAAGUUGGGAUUACCAUGAUCCUUACAUGGCAAGAAGAUGGGCUAAGCAUUUGCAUGGAUAUAGACUUUGAAGUAAAUAUAUAUAUCUAGACAUAUAUGCGUGCAUAUUGCCAUAUAUUUGAAACAAAUUAUUUUCUCGAUUUGUACAUUUUUAUUGAAAAAGCUUUUCAACAUGGAUUAUAAAGAAAAUCUUUUAUCUAA